AUGACCUCCAAUUAUACAUUACAACGUGCAGAGGAUCUAGCGAAAUUUGCACCUAAUGAAGCGGAAGAGAUUUACAAGAGUAUUUUGGCUCAGAAUGCUGCUAAUGACGAUGUAAUUAAAGAACAAGAGAUCGCUCUUGUUAAACUCGGAGAACUCUAUCGAGAUCAUCGAAAAGCCAAUGAAUUAUCUCUCAUGAUUCGUUCGUCACGUUCUUUUAUGGCAUCUAUUGCUCGAGCUAAAACGGCCAAAAUAGUAAAAAGAUUGAUUGACCUUUUUUCGGAAAUUCCCGAUUCAUUACAACUUCAAAUUGAAAUUUGUCAGGAAACUAUUGAUUGGAGUAUAAAGGAAAAACGAAUCUUUUUGAAACAGUCAUUGGAGACUAGAUUAGUAGCUUUGUUAGAUGAUAAAAUGGUAUUGGUGGAAGUUCAACUCUUGGAAAGUAAAGUUUGUCAUGCAUUACGAAAUAUACCAAAAGCUAGGGCAGCUUUAACUUCAGCUAGAACAUCAGCCAACUCUAUUUAUUGUCCACCUCUUCUUCAAGCAGCACUUGAUUUACAAUCAGGAAUUUUGCAUGCAGAGGAUAAAGAUUAUAAGACAGCGUAUGAAUUUAUUAUAUUUUAA